AUGUAUUGGGCUAGUGGAAUCGCGAAAGUUUUGAUUGCUAUUCCUCCGGAUUAUAGCGAGUUCAAUUCACUUCAAGAAUUCGAAGAACAGUCACGCUCAGGAGAAUCCAUAGAUCCCGGAAACACGGAUUCUUUGCAUACGAUUAUAAAGCUAAAACGUAAUAAAAUCGGCAAUUUAUUUGUCACCUUAACAAAAAAUUCUGUACAAUUAUGGAGCGUUAGGGUAUCUCGAACCGUGAAAUCUGUCGAAGAGUACGGUGAUAAUUGCGAUGUUUUUUGGAAACCUGAUGGUUCUCUUAUUAUGGUUCAAACAACUCAAAAUUGUUUAUUCACUUAUUUGGUACUCGCUUUUGAUGAUAAGAGUUAUAAAUAUCAAUUUGGUCAAGUAUCUCAUCAUUAUGUUACGGGAGCCGGGGAGGGUAAUGGGAUAAGAACAUUUUUAUUAAAGUUCCGAAUGACAAUUAGAAUUGAUGCUGGGAUGGAGGCAGGGAUUGGAAUAGAAGAAUUUUUAAUUGUUACAACUAAAACUCCUCCUGCCAUUCAAUGUAUACCUUGGCAAGGUGAGCCAAGUGGGACAAAGACAAAUAUAUUGGCUCGCUUGGAAUUUUUGGAAAAUAAAAAAGCUUAUGCAGUACAAUUUAAUGAACAUCGUCCUUCGGUUGAAAAUAAUCCUAAAGCUCCGCCACUUUUUUGGACGGGGUUCUGCUUUCAUCCAAGUGAUUCAAGUGGUGACCUUGAACCUGCCAAGGAUGUCCGAGCAACUUGUAUAGCUAUCAAUGCUAAAUUUUCUUUGUUGGCUGUGGGGACCGAAAAUGGAAUGGUUUAUGUAUAUUUUGCAAAGAAUUAUAGCGGAAGUAUUAAUCUCUCACAUAAAUUGUCAAUACGGGACCACAUAGAGUCAACGUUAAAUAUCCUUUUAUUUUCGACUAAGAUAUGUUGUAAUAUCUUUCAUCGACCUGUUACAACGCUUGCGUGGACUUCUGAUGGCCACGCAAUUGCGGUUGGAUGGAAACAUGAAGGAUUAGCCGUUUGGAGCGUUUAUGGUAGAUUAUUGAUGACAACUGUUAAGGAUGAUUGGUCUAUAUCAAAACCAAUUACCCAAGAUUCCUUUUUGUAUGGCGUUAAUGAUCUUUUUUGGAGUUCAGGAAAUUGUGAACUUUUCCUCUUACAUACCGCAAAAGAUGAAAAAGAAGGUCAAUUGUAUACGCUUCCAUUUGCUAAAUCUGCCGUUACUACGAUUCACAGCCCAGAUAACGCAAAAAGAGGAUUUUUGCAUAUGGACGAUCGUUUGUUGCUUUAUCGAGGAGGAGAUCAAGAAGACCUUAGUGCGAUUAAUCCUGAUACUAUAGUUUGGCAGCAUAUUCCUAUACCAAUUAUGUAUAUCAGUGACAAUUGGCCAAUAAAGUAUGCAUCGAUAAGUAGUGAUGGUAGAUAUAUCGCGAUCGCUGGGCGACGUGGUUUAGCGCAUUAUAAUGUUUCGUCAGGUCGAUGGAAACUUUUUGGCAAUCAGCAACAGGAACAAGAAUUCACUGUUCGUGGUGGAUUAUUGUGGUUUAUGCAAAUUUUAGUUGCAGCAUGUGAGAAUGUUCGAACUCGUACAUUCGAGAUACGAAUGUAUUCUCGUGAAACAAAUUUAGAUAAUAUUCACAUGGUGCAAAGUAUUGUUAUACCAAGCACAAUAUUAUAUUUAAGUAUAAUGGAUAAUGCUUUAUUGGUGUAUUGUGGAGAUAAUAUGAUGUAUCAUUAUCUUGUAUCGACAGAUGAGGAUUCGGUUUUACUCGAAUUAUGUCAACAAAUUUCAUUUGUUGGUGUUAUCCACGCUCCAGCCAGAGUUAGAUCUAUAUCAUGGUUCCAGCCGAAACUACAUAGACCCUUCACUCCUGAAACCAUUCAGUCAGCUUCUAUUAUCUUUUUAAUUGAUGGCAAACUUGUGCUGCUACAUCCAAAAAAGAGUGAUGAAGGUGAAGUACAAUAUGAUUUACACAUUCUCGCCGAUAAGAUAGAAUUUUAUUGGAUGUCUACUCGUGGAAUUGGAAGUUUAAAGAAUUCUUUAUGGGCAUGUGAUGGACAAGGAGUGAAAAUAUGGAUGAAUAUUUGGUCUAACGAAGAAAGUGCGAGAGAUUGGCAGAAUGAUGUUUUAUUAUCUGCCACUAAGGAGUGUUUACGUAUUUCACUUGAAUUUUAUCCUUUAUCCGUUUUGCUUGAUAAAGGUAUUAUCGUAGGCGUUCAACAACAAACAUCUAUUAGACAAUCUUUAGAAUUUCCAGUAUUUAAAUUAAUGACAAACACACAUUUGUUCUUACAACAUAUAUUACGGUAUAUGUUGUCCAAAGAACUUGAAGAAGAAUCCGUUGCAUUUGCAACAAGUUAUCAAAAAUUAGUUUACUUUGGACAUGCAGUUGAAAUGUUACUACAUCUUGUAUUGGAAGAUGAAGCAGAGCAUGCCAUUGGGACUGCUCAAGCCGUUCUACCAAGAGUGGUAAAAUUUUUAAAUAAUUUUCCACAUUCACUUGAUGCUAUUGUUGGAUGUGCACGUAAAACCGAAGUAGCAUUGUGGAGUUAUUUAUUCUCUAUUGUUGGAAGUCCAAAAGAUUUAUUUGAGAGAUGUCUUUCUACUGGAUUACUUAAAACGGCUACAUCAUAUUUAUUGGUUCUUCAUACGUUAGAACCAGCUGAUAGUAGUAAAGAUACCAUUAGAUUAUUAUCUAAGGCGAUGGAGACGGAAGAUUACGAGUUAUGUAAAGAACUUGUGAGAUUUUUAAAUUCAAUAGAUGGGUCUGGAAAGACAUUAAAAGAAGCAAUAUUAUCUAUUCAACAAAAUAUAAAUGAAAAUUUGGAAUCACCUACAUCGUCAUAUCAUAAUAUUAAUAAUGCAAAUGGUAAUGUUGAUAAUAUGGUUUUUGAAACAUAA